AUGGACAGCCGGAGCCAGGCACCCCUCAAGUCCAGCAGCUUCUCCUCGGCCACCUCCAACAAGGCCACCCGGGAGGUCGACCGCAACCUCUCCCUCGGCGCCCUCCGGCAUGGCGAUCACGACCGGAGGGGCGCCCCCGCCGGCGCAGCCACCUGGGAGCAGAUCAACGAGGAAGGCGAGGAAGAGGAUGAUGACGGGAGCGGCGAGCCGGGCCCGGGCGUGUCCGCCUUGUCGGGGGAGAUCGAUGCCUUCAUCGCGGGGCACGACGCGGGCGUGAGCAUCCCGGAGGCCACGCUCGAGAGGUUCGCCGCCGCCGUCGAGCAGGAGAUCGCGCAGUCCGAGAAGGCUCGGGAUAAGUGGGCGGCCGACGGCAACGGCGAGUUGCUCCUCGCGGCCAUCGCGCGCGUCGCAGCGCUCGCGUCCGUGCUCGCCAAGAACACGGAGGCCAGCGCCAAGUACGCCUCUGGCGCGCACCGGGUCACCGCCGUGCUGCACCAUGCCAUGUCGUUCCUCGAGGACGAGUUCCACGCGCUGCUCGAGCCCAAGGCGGCCGACACCUGCAAGCUGGCAAGACGGCCGGCGUCCUUCGAGCAGGGAGGGCACGAGGCCGACCGGUGCGUCCUCCGGCCGCCGGACAACGCCGCCCACUCCGCCCAUGCAGAAUCCACGCAGACGUACCCGCCGGAGACCGUGGACCGGCUGCGGUCCAUCGCUGACACCAUGGUGGGCGCCGGGUACGUGACGGAGUGCACGCAGAUGUUCCUGGUGGCGCGCCGGAACGCGUUCGACGCGUCGCUGCGGGCGCUCGGGUACGACAAGGCCAGCAUCGACGACGUGGUGCGGAUGACGUGGGAGGCGCUGGAGACGGAGAUCGCGACGUGGAUCAAGGCGUUCCGGCACACCAUCCAGCCCGUCCCGGGCGGAGCCGUGCACCCGCUCACACGCUACGUCAUGAACUACCUCAAGUACACGUGCGAGUACAACAGCACGCUGGAGCAGGUGUUCCGGGAGCACCGCCGCCGGGACGACGGCGGCGACAACCCGUUCGCGGCGCAGCUGACGGACGUGAUGGAGCUCCUGAACACGAACCUAGAAGGGAAGUCGCGGCUGUACAAGGACCCGGCCCUGAGCAACAUCUUCCUCAUGAACAACGGGCGGUACAUGCUGCAGAAGAUCAGGGGAUCGCCGGAGACGAACGCCAUGCUGGGCGAGACCUGGGCUCGAAAGCAGUCCACCAACCUGAGGCAGUACCACAAGAACUACCAGAGGGAGACGUGGAACCGCGUGCUGACGCUGCUCCGCGACGACGGCGUGCUCACCGUGAAGGGCCACGUGCAGAAGCCGCAGGUCAAGGAUAGGUUCAAGCAGUUCAACUCCGCCAUGGACGAGAUCCACAAGACACAGGGCGCGUGGGUGGUGAGCGACGAGCAGCUGCAGUCCGAGUUGCGGGUGUCCAUCGCCGCCGUGGUCGUGCCGGCGUACCGGUCGUUCCUGGGACGGUUCGCGCAGACGUUCAGCGCCGGCAGGCAGACGGAGAAGUACAUAAAGCUCAGCGGAGAGGACGUGGAGGGGAUCAUCGACGAGCUCUUCGAUGGCAACCCGUCAUCCAUGACUAGGAGGAGGUAG